AUGAUAGGAAACAACUCUUUCAGAGAGAGAAGAGCUAUUUCAUAAGAUAGAAAUUCAUAUUUUAAAAAUGGAGAUUCAUUUAAUGUGAAUAAUCCCAACAACAUUUCUUUAAAUAAUUACAAUUAGAAAGAUAAUUUUGGAAAUAAUUUGAAUCAAAACAUAAAGAAUUACUCCUCGAAUAAUGAGUAUUAUAUGAACAACUUUGAAAACAGCCAUAAUAAUAGCAGACUUAACAGCACUAAUUAUGCAAAUAAAUCAGGAUAAAAUGGUUCUUUUAUGGAUUAAAGCCAAGGAGGUUAAAGAAAGAAGAAAGAACCAAUUAAGACUUCUUUUUAACCAACUUCAUCUUUAGCAGAGGAAAACCUUGUUAAAAAUUUCAACAAGCUUAACCCUAAAAAUAGGAUUAAUGAAGAAUAUUUGCAAACAAACAAACCUUAGCGUAUAGAGUUACCAUUGUUCUUUAAUACACCUAUACGCUUCAACGAUAAUCAACUAAAUACGAAAAUAAAAAGCAGAUCUUUAAUCUAAAAGAAUUAUAACACAAUUGGAAAUAUACCAGAAAGCUAAUAAAUGGGAAUAACAAAAUUAAAUUAUAGUUUUAAUUAAUUUAGUCAGUUUAAUAUGGAUCAGAGCUCAUUUGCUAAAAAUCCUAUUGAGUCUGAAGAAGUGUAAAAAUAAACAAUCGCUGAAAAGCAUAUUUACUUAAGAUCCUUGAGGAGAAGAAAAGACUAUGAAAUGCUAGCUUUUGCUUGUAAACGAGCUGGAAAACCUAGAGAUGAAGGAAGAUCGUACUAUAGUAUUGGCGUAUUAAAUGAUAAUAUUGGUAAAUAUAAAGUUGCAAUAAAAAGCUAUGAAAAAUUCUUAUAAAUCUGCCAAAAUAUUGGAGAUCAGCAUGGAGAAGCUCUAGCCUACAACUGUUUAGGAGUAGACUACCAAAUGAUUGGAUAAUAGGAAAAGGAUAACUAAUUUUAUGAAAAAGCUAUACAAUAUCAUAAAUAACAUGAAAAUAUAGCAGAUGUGAAUGGGAAAUUUUUAGCUUGUAUUAAUUUGGGAUUGUGUUAUGAUGCAAUAAAUCUUAGAAAACAAGCUCUUUCAUAUUAUUAGCAAGCUUUACGUCACAGUGUUAAAAUGUCGAAUUUAGCAAGUUAAACUAUAGCUAUUGGUAAUAUUGGAAGAAUAGGCAUGCCAGGAUUGUUGGAUAAUAAGGAGAAAAUGACUGUUUUUAUUGACAAAUAUAUAAAACUCACAUAAGAUAUGAAAGAUGAAAAUGGUGAACUAAAGGCUUAAUUAAAAAUGGGAUAAGUUACAUCAAUGAUAGGAAAUUUCGAGUAAGGUAAAUAAAGUUUCUUACGUGCUCUUUAGUUGGCUGAGCAAAAAUAAGAAUUAGACAAAUUGCAAGAAGCAAAGUGUGGAUUUGCUGUAGCAAGUGCUGAAAUUUAAAUGUAGUCAUAUCUUCAUAGCUAUGCUCAAAAAAUGUAAUCAAUAUAAGAAUCGAAUGAAUUAGAUUAAGAAUAGCGUUAAAAUACAGAUGGAUCUUAUCAUGGAUUUUCUUAUAAAUGA